ACUGUCACUCUCACGGUCCAGCUGACACGAAUCGCCCAACCACUUACGUGCUACGCAGAGCAGCUCUCCCGUCCGGAGCCAGGAGCCUGGAGCCCUCCGCCCGUGAAAGCGUGCGAGUCGCAGAGGAUCCGGCUCCCGGCCUCACCCGGAUCGCUCACGCACAAAAAAAUAUUCGCGAAGCUGCACCACACACGCUUACUCACUUCCCUACGUGGCUCAAUCCCCUCCCCCACCCCUGGGCGACCGAGCGACACGCAGCAGCCGCCUGCCCCGCUCCGCUGGGCGGUGACGUCAGCGGAGUUGCGUCACGCGAGCCAGCGUCUACGGCUCGCCCCACGCAGCGGCCGCGCCGUUAGUUCGCCGGAGUGGAUCCCAGCGAUCGUUCGCGUUCGCAUGAUGAGGUCAGGUUGUACCUGUGCUCCCGCACGAGCUUCCAUCGAGCGCCGAUGGAUAGCGCUGGUCGCCUUGUUGCUGGCGUGGGGCACGGACGGCGGUGCUGCGCCGCGCGGUUUCCCGUGCAACGAGAGCUGGGUCGUGCGCACAGACGACGAAGUCCAGGUGGAACUUCGCGUACCGCAGGCGCGGGUGGCGUGGGACCCUUGCGACGCGACGUGCGUGUGGCGCGUGAGGGCCACCGAGGAGUGGGAGUGGCUGUCGCUACGCUUUGCACGGCCCUUCGAAGGCCCCGACAUAGACUUCGUCCCCGAGGGUGAAGCCUCGAACGAUGGAAGCAGGGGCAACUCCGCCGCCAGCAGCAGGAGCAGCGAGGACAAGGCCGAGGGCGGCGGCGAGGGGGGCGCGCCCUUGCACUUGGAGCUGGAGGUUCGUUGGCCGCGACCCGACGGCUCCUGGCUCCGCACGCAGCUGCGAGACUACUCUCUGGAAAGCGUUUCGCGCAUGCGGGUGCCGGCGUCGCGCGCGGAGCUGACCCUGCGGGACCCCUCGUGCGCCGAGGAGCCCCCAGCCUCCGGCCCCGCCCCCGCCCCCUCGCCGCCCGCCCGCAGUGCGCCGCCUGCGGUGGGCGUGGGGCCCACGCGUCGCGCGCCGCCGCCUCCGCCCCUUCCGCGCGCUCGCCGCCGUGCUGCACCUCGCGCCCCGCCCCCGCCCUGCAACUGUCGCCGCCUCCUGGCGGGCUGCUUCGCCGUCGCCUGCGUCUCCCUGCUUCGCCCCCGGCCUCUGGAAAGGCACGGGGUCCUCUCAAUACUA